AUGGCGCCCAUUAGCAAAGACAAAUACUCGGUCAUUCUCCCCACGUAUGAAGAGCGACGCAACCUGCCAAUCAUCACCUGGUUGUUGAACAGGACCUUCACGGAACAAAACCUUGAUUGGGAACUUAUUAUCGUAGACGACGGCUCUCCAGACGGCACACAGAUUGUCGCCAACCAGCUCGCAAAAGCCUACUCCCCACACGUCCUUCUGAAAGCACGCGCAGGAAAGCUUGGUCUCGGUACGGCAUACGUUCACGGUCUGCAGUUCGUCACAGGAAACUAUGUCAUCAUCAUGGAUGCCGAUUUCUCACAUCACCCCAAAUUCAUCAAGCAGAUGAUUGCGAAACAGAAGGAGCUUCCUACGAAUGGUGGAUACGAUAUUGUGACUGGAACGAGAUAUGCUGGGGAUGGAGGAGUUUUCGGUUGGGACUUGAAGCGGAAAUUGGUUUCGAGAGGCGCCAACCUGUUCGCGGAUACGGUACUGAGACCCGGUGUUAGUGAUUUGACGGGCAGCUUCAGACUUUACAAGAAGGCAGUUCUGCAGAAGGUUAUCGAGAGCACGGAGAGCAAGGGAUACACUUUCCAGAUGGAGAUGAUGGUUCGAGCGAAGGCGAUGGGCUGCACGGUUGCUGAGGUACCCAUUAGUUUCGUUGACCGGGUUUAUGGAGAUUCGAAAUUAGGGGGUGAUGAAAUCGUUGAAUAUGCUACUGGAGUCUUAAGGUUAUGGUUGAAAGUCUGA